AUGCCGCCGAACGCCGAGUUGAUUAUCUGGGGACACUCGUUGGGCACGGGUAUCUCGCUACAGAUGCUUAGGAAGAUUCAGAGACAUCCGUUAGUCGACCUGGUCAAAGGCGUAGUGUUAGAAGCGCCAUUCAACAACAUGCCAGACGCCGUGCGCGAAUACCCUCUGACGAUGCCCUUCCGCCGUCUGCCCUGGUUCGAGGCGACCAUCAUGCGUCCGCUGGCCAAUCGCUUCCCUUUCAACUCGGACGAGCACAUCAAAUACGUGCGGCAGCCUAUACUUAUUCUGCACGCGCCCGAUGACCGACACGUGCCAAUUUGUUUGGGCGAACGUUUACGGGAUGCUGCCACUUCAUCGACCUUGACUAAGCAAAGAGUGGUCAAGUUCCUAAACGUGGGUAAUGGGUACGGACACGUGGACAUCGUUCGGUAUCCAGGUCUAGUAAGGGCGCUCACGGACUUUGAGGACGAAUAUCGAGACUACAGUCGUCACGCCCAGAUUAAUCUGUGA